AUGGAGGAACCGCGCAUGCACGGGAUAUUUACGGACGCGGACACCGGGCGGCUCACAUACGCGCUGAGUCUGUCGGACAACCGCCUCACGGUGCAGAGGGUCCCGUCCCCGCCGUCCCAAACACCGGCACCGGAGCACCUGGACCUGCGCGACUGCUUGGGAAGCCGCGCGCACCGGGGCGAGCGCGAGGACCGGGACGCGUAUUAUCUGUGCGUUUAUUUCUAUCCGUACCGGCGCCGAUGGAUGGCUUGGGGUCCGGUCCGACAAAGGGACGAGCGGCGAUUUCGGCUUGUGCUCAAUUCGGAUGAUAAUAAUGAUGAUGAAGAGGAGGAGGAGGAUGAAGAAGACGCGAAGCUGCGCGAGGCGGAACGUGCAUCUCCAGUGUGGGGUGAGGAUCUGCUGACCAGCUGCGGGUUUCUGCUGUGUAAAGGUCUGGUUUCAGGUCUAGACCUGAUCUCCGUUCAGCUGUCGUCAGGCGCUCGCCUGUUCUCCUUCCUCUCUUUGGCCUGGGGUUUCGUGGCGGACGUGGACAUCGAGAGCGAGACGUUCCGGCAGAUCGGCGCGCUGCGGUUCAUCCUUGGCACACUUGUGCGUUUGGCGUCACUGCGGAUAUACCAGGGUAAACUGGCUUAUUUACCUGCAGAAGUAACAGACUCUGUGCCUUCCACUGUUACAGAUGAAAAUCUCCUGAAUGACCACCUGAUGGCGCCACUCGAGCAGCCUGUACCGCAGAACUGGACAAUUGUGGAGGAGCGCGAGUUUGUUCUGGUACUCGCGAUGUUUCAGUCGCACCUGAGUGAGGAUCUGAUGGCAGCUCCAGGAGCACGUGCUGAUGACGGGAUUAUUCACCUGUUUUACCUGACUGCAGGAGUUUCGCGUGCUACACUGCUGCGCCUCUUUCGUGCCAUGCAGAGUGGCACGCAUUUGGAAUGUGGAUGUGCACAUUUGGUUUACGUGCGCGCACAGGCCAUUAGAUUAGAGCCGAUGAGUGCAGACGGGGUGAUGACGGUGGACGGAGAGCGAGUUCACUAUGGACCUGUUCAGGCUCAGGUGCACAGAGCAGCGGCGCGCAUCAUCUGCUGAUACACACUUGAAUUUAAAGGGAUAGCUCACUCAAAAAUGAACAUUUUCUAACUGAGCUGAAAAAUGUGGGGCGGCUCAAUGGCUCAGUGGUUAGCACUGUUGCCUCACAACAAGAAGGUCGCUGGUUCGAGUCCCAGCAGGGUCAGUUAGCAUUUCUGUGUGGAGUUUGCAAGUUCUUCCCGUGUUCGUGUGGGUUUCCUCCGGGUGUUCCGGUUUCCCCCACAGUCCAAACACAUGUGCAAUAGCCAUACCUGCCAAAUUUGUCUCUGAAAAUCCGGGAGAAAUUAUUGGAGUUUUCUGGGAGAAAUAACAAAACGGGAGGGUGGCAGGAGAUGUGUCUGAAAUACGAGAGACUCCCAGGAAAAACGGGAGUGUUGGCAGGUAUGGCUAUAGGUGAAUUAGAUUAACCAACUUGGCCGUAGUGUAUGAGUGUGUAUGGGUGUUUCCCAGUACUGGGUUGCACCUGGAUGGGCAUCUGCUGCGUAAAACAUAUUCUAGAAUAGUUGGCGGUUCAUUCCGCAGUGGCGACCCCUGAUAAUUAAGGCGCUAAGCCAAUGGAAAUUGAAUGAAUGAAUGAAUAUGACCGUUUUUUUUUAGUACAAUCUAAUAAAUGCAAGGUUACUUCAGUCUAAAUCAGAUAAAAUAUGGACAAACCCAAACACUGGGUUAAUUCAGUUCAAUUCAUCUUUAUUUCUAUAACACUUUUUACAAUGUUGAUGGUGUCAAAGAGUUAAAUUUGGACCUAUAACUUUAAUUCAAUAAAAAAACCCAGCGUUUGGUGUUAGUCCAUAUAUUACCCCAACAUUGGGUUGAAAUAAUGUGUAUUGUCUUGUGUUGUUGGGCUGAGUUGUGUCUCUAAUGUAUUAUGCUGGAUUUCUGCUGCUGCGAUGCACCAAUCUUGAUUUUCAGAAGUGCCAACAGUGAACAUUCAUGAUAUAGCUGUUCAUCUUUAUUUUUCUAGAAGUCUAAAGGUUUUAUGUUUGUUAUUGUUAUUAUUAUAUGAAGGGAUAGUUCAUCUAAAACUUUAAAAGGUCUCUCAGGUGACUUUUUCCCUUCAGUCGAACAUUAAAGCAGGUUCUGAGCUGAAUCUGUGGUCAUUAGUGACUGAUAUAAUGGCAGUGAAGGGUGACCAGUUUUUGAGAUUAAAAAUAAACACAUACAAACGAGUCCAAAUGACAAACUGAGGUCUUGUGAAGUAAAACGGCCAAUCUGUGUAAAAAAACUGAACAUUAUUUACAAUAUUAUUAGCUUUAAUAUUGCCACAGCCAUAUCACCCUGCAGAUCAAGACAGGUUACUCACUGAAGAUAAGCAGGGCUGAGCCUGGUCAAUACAUGGAUGGGAGACCACAUGGGAAACUAGGUUGCUGUUGGAUGUGGUGUUAGUGAGGCCAGCAGGAGGCGCUCAACCUGUGGUUUG